AUGCCGACCGAUAUUGCUACUAGGGCAUAUGUUGUAGCCCUCAAAGCUAACGGCAAGACGACAGCGGAGGUUUCUGAGCCGACAAACAUCUCCAUACGUACGAUAAAUUAUAUCUACGCGCGCGCAUGUGAGCGUGGUUUCGAUCCGAAUCUGCGGCCUGCUGCAAUCUGUGAUGCUUACGUUGCCGAUGCCCCUCGCUCUGGACGCCCGACGAAACAGACACCUGAGACAGAGCAAAAGGUUCUUUCAAAAGUACGUUUUGACCAUUUUUACCGUUAUGGACGGGAAAAAAUAUGUGCUGGUAUUCCUAGUGGGCUUAGCUCCGAGGGCAACGAUAUCUCUGCAAUGACAAUCUGGAGAAUCUUCCGGAAAGCCGGUCUACGGAAGACAAAACCGACUCGGAAGCCUGGCUUGACACAGAGGAUGAGGAAUAAACGACUAUCUUGGUGUCUUGCACACCAACACUGGGAACUUGAACAUUGGAAGAAUGUGAUCUAA